AUGACUUUCAGAUCGCUCGUUGCUUUGACUAUGGUGGUUGUGCCUCUGGUCAACUGCGCGCCACUUACAUUGCAGGAGAGGCAGACACCAAAUGGGGUCCCAGAUUAUGUACUCAAAUAUGCGCCAAUCGUAUACCUUCACUCAGAGGAUACUUAUUUUCCUACUGAUAUACAAACAUUCUUGGACAAUACCACUCCCCGCGUAAACUUCAAUGAAGUUUCUGGCCCGUCAAAACCUUUGACUACAUCCAACCUCGACCAAAUGGGCAGCGACGUCUGGCUCACAUCAAAUGAUGAUGUGACGAAGGAUCCCACAUGGAUCAAAGGCACAAAACCCAACGGACAAGGAAAGACCGAAGGAGCAACUACCGCGGCUAUCAUUGUGAACGACAAAGGAGACGGCAAUGUGGAUGCCUUCUACAUGUACUUUUACGCCUACAACUAUGGCGGUAACGUACUUGGAUGGAGCCAGCUCAACUUCGGUAAUCACGUAGGCGACUGGGAGCAUGUCAUGGUCCGUUUUCAAAACGGCUCUCCCCAAGCAAUCUGGUACUCUCAACACGCCAACGGCCAAGCCUUUCGCUACAACACCGUCGAAAAGUCUGGCGAUAGACCUAUUGCCUACUCCGCCAAAGGCUCUCAUGCGAACUAUGCCAUUUCUGGAACCCACGAUCACACAAUCCCCAAUCUCAACCUCCCUGGUGGCGUUCUAGAAGACUACACUGACAAAGGCGUAAUGUGGGACCCGGUGCUAUCGGCCAGCUUUUACAAGUUCGAUGCUGGCAACAACGCCUUCUCGGCAUACGAUGGUCAAGCGCCGACUGCAUGGCUGAACUUCAAGGGUAGGUGGGGUGAUGAAGAGUAUCCUGAGAGUGAUAAGAGACAGGUUAAGCUGUUUGGGCAGGCGAAGUUCACUGGUGGGCCGACAGGUCCAGUUGAUAAGCAGCUUAACAGGGAGAAGAUUUGUCCAGAUAACGGGCAGCUCUGCAUUCUGAGGAGUAUCCUCGUGCCGAGGAGAACGGGUAUGGAUAGCAUUGUAAGAGAUCGAGAUGAGGUCGUUGGAUGA